CAUACAUAGACAUUUGUGCGUGCCUGUGUUAUUGUGGCUCAGAGAUUCUUCUCUGCAACUUGUCUUUGUUUUCAACAAAAUUAAACACACAAAAAAACUGAAUAAAAAAUGAUGGUGUCACAAAGCUGAUAAAUCGCACACAAAUUGGCAGCGUCGAAACAGACGGGAGAUUCGUAAGAAAACCUCAAACGAGCAAAAACACAGUGAGCGAAACAAGUCAUCAUCGCUCAACGCUCUCUGUCGACUCACACGCAUAGGUGUAUGUGUGCGUGUAUGUAUAUGUGUGCAUAAUGACCACCCAGCGAACGCAUCGAAAUGCCACCAGCGCCGCGGUGGGGAGUGGAGCCGGCGAUUCCGAGUACGAGACGCUCAUGCAGCGGCUGCACAUUGGCGGCAGUUAUCAGCGCUCACCCGGCGCCUUUGAGAAUUUUAUGCACGAUGCUCCGCAGCAACCGCAGCAACAGCAGCAGCACCACCAACAGCAGCAGCAGCGACUGCCCAACAGCGAAGAUUACAAGCUAUAUGAGCGCGGCAAUAUAAUAGCUGCCUCGAAGUACGCCACUGCAAUACCCAAGCCCGGCGUGGAGCCCAUCAUGUUGGGCAAUGGCAGCAACAGUCAGUCACCGCUUAUAUAUGCGCCCACAGCUCAGGUGCUGGGGCAGCGCAUUGUGCCGCAGAAGCAUUCGCCGGUCUACGAGAAUCUCGAAUUUUAUGGUCAAUUCGAUACGAACCAGCGACGUGCACAGCCGCAGAGUCCGGCGAGUCGGCAGAGCGUCAUGCUGAAUGAUUAUCUACUGAUGCAGCCGAUUGGGGGCGGACGUUUUGCACAUACGCCCGUGCCGGAAGCGCCUCAAAAGCAUAACCAUCAACCCAUCGAGGAGCUGUCAGCCGUGGCCCCCAUCUAUGAGAAUAUUAUACCCCAUUCCGGGCAGCGUGCACAGCCGCAAGCAUCGCCGGCCACGGCCACCAUGUAUCAGCACACGGAGAUGGCCACGCCCACGCCCACAGCAAACCAAAUGGAGCUGAAUGCGAUGAUGUUACCCUCGCCGCUGCAUCAGCGCAGCAGCAGCAACAACAGCUCAUCCAAUGCCGCCGCGGCCGCUUUGGGCUCGCCCACGCAGCGCUAUCGAAAUCUAUCGCUGCCCAGCCAUUUGAGCCCGCUGGCCUCGCCAGCGCCAACGCCACUGGCCAAGCUGCAGCUGCAACAGCACACGCCCAUCAAGCAGCAACAGCAGCAGCAGCAGCAGCAGGUGGGCAUCAAUGUGUCCGUCAAUCCCAACUACAUUGAGGACAUCAACAGCUCCGACUACGUCUGCAUGACAGCCAAUCUGCAUCGCAGCAGCACCGCCAACAGCGCCGUCAAGAGCCGCAGCCCCAGCCACAACAACGGGCGACUGACUGCGGUCAGCCCGCAGCCCCCGUUGCCGCCGCCGCCGUUGCCGCUGACAACGGCCGCGACACAAACGACAACGGCAACGACGUCCGCUGCCGCGCAGAUGCAACCCUUGCAGCUGCGCGCCACGCCCAUUGCAACAACAGCGCCACUCGCAGUGGCCACAUCGCCAACGCCCUCGCAGAGCAGCACAGGUCUGACAAAGAACUUGCUGCCGUAUAGCGUGACUCCGCCGCGUCCGGCUGGUCCGACGGAGGCGCAGCGCAAGAUCGAGGAACUGACGCGCCAGCUGGAGGAGGAGAUCGAGCAGAGCGAGGAGCAUGGCGAGUAUUUUGGCAUUUGUCACACCUGCGGCGAGAAGGUGAAGGGCGCCGGCCAGGCCUGCCAAGCCAUGGGCAAUCUCUAUCACACGAACUGCUUCAUCUGCUGCUCCUGUGGCCGGGCGCUGCGCGGCAAGGCUUUCUACAAUGUGCACGGUCGUGUCUACUGCGAGGAGGACUACAUGUAUUCGGGCUUUCAGCAGACGGCUGAGAAGUGCGCCAUUUGUGGCCACCUGAUCAUGGAAAUGAUACUGCAAGCCAUGGGCAAGUCAUAUCAUCCAGGCUGCUUUCGCUGCUGCAUCUGCAAUGAGUGCUUGGACGGCGUGCCCUUCACAGUGGAUGUGGACCAUAAGAUUUACUGCGUCAAUGACUACCAUCGCAUGUUUGCGCCCAAGUGCGCCAGCUGCGGCAAAGGCAUCACACCCGUUGAGGGCACCGAUGAGACCGUGCGCGUGGUGUCCAUGGACAAGGACUUCCAUGUCGACUGCUACAUAUGCGAGGAGUGCGGCAUGCAGCUGACCGAUGAGCCGGAUAAGCGUUGCUAUCCGUUGGAAGGGCGCUUGCUCUGCCGCGGCUGCCACCUGCAGCGGCUCGCGUUGCAAUCGUCGCCGCACACGCGCCACCAGGAGCCCGUCUGUGCAUCCUAUCAGUAUAUGGGCUGAGCCGAAGACCCAUUCGACUGACGAUAGCCACUAAACGCACAAAAUAACUAUAAUAUAUAUAUAUAUAU